CUUGUGUCUUGUUCCCAUCCAACGUUUCCGUUCAGACUGCUCACUUGCAUCAUAUCCUUAAGAGGGCGCAACAAUCAAGGGAUAGGUCUUUCUCUUCGCCUCAAACGGUCGUUCCGUUGAAAGAUGUGGAAUCCUCAAGGGCUCGCGCGGACGAACAAGAUGACAGACAAAUUGAAAUAAUAGAUUUGGACAGAGAAACUACGCCUGUUACUACAAGACAGAAACCCGCAUCAUUACGAGUGCAUCAUGUUAUCAAUGAAUACGAUAAAACGCCACCGUUAGACCUAUCGUUAAACGAGACUGCCGUUCAAAUCGAUUAUAACGCUGAUCGUCGUUACUCCUUCCCUCCAUCAAAGCAGCGAACAAAGUCUUUAAAUCCAUACGCUUCCAAACAGAGGUCGAGACCAGAUGAUAAGCCUUACGAUUCCAUUGUUGAAAAAAGAAGUUCAUUUGACGUGACCUCGACGAACUUGAGGCUGGAAAAGAGUAAUGCUAAUUUAAGUAUGCAAUUCCUAACCAAAAACAAGGAUUCCAACAAUUCAAUAAUAAAAGAUAAACAUAAUGGACAUGAUGACAAAUAUCCUGAGAAACAAAAAGAUGCAAAAGAAGCACAAGCCACAAUCUUUAACCUGAAUCCGUUAUCAAAUACAUCGGGGAAUAAAGAAGUUCUGUCAUGUGAACGAGGAUCGGUCAACUAUGGUAUCACCUCUCUUGGGAGGGAUAAACGAAAAAAUCAAGAUCCUGGUAAUAACGAACAAGAUCCGAGAAAGGAUAACACUAAUGGUCGAGUAAUUAAGAAAGGCCGAAAGAGUUUGUCGACGGCCAAAGAUGACGCAAGCGCGGUGAUGAGCGAUGAAGAGUUUUGGAAUCCACGGAACUCAUUGAUCGAAGCAGAUGAAGGUGUUAACAUAUUACAACGGCUUAGACCCAAUUAUCAUAGAAAUUUAGUCGCUGGAAAAAAUGGAAAACGUGGUUCCUUUGUGGAAAGGUUGCGUGCGUUAGAAAACUCUUUGGAGAGUGAUGAGGAAAACCAAAAGUCAAAUGGAAAUUAUAUCCUUUGCUCAAGAGAAAGUUCACCGGUCAUUAGCGAUGUCGUUGAAACUGUGCCAAUAAAAACCUCUGGAAAAAUGAAGGUUCACAAAGGACGAGAAAAUGAGGGCCCGACCACCGAUGAAGAUGAUAUUGGAGAGGAUUUGAUUCCGUCUGAUGAUUUUGUUCGCGAAAGAGAAGAGACUCGUAGAUUUGCAAGCGAAAGUUUGGAUGAAGAAAUAAGGAGCCUGUUAAAACUCGUCGGCGAGACAAUCUUUAGACAAUUUCAGCGUCAAGACUCCGCCUUAUUUCAAGCAACCGAGAAUGUAAUAAUUAAGAGUGAGAUGCAUCUGACCAAAAGUUUAAGAAGUCAGUUCGGACGCAAAAGGGAAUGGCUAAAUACAUUCAAAUGCAAUUGUACAUCGGAAGAAUCUGAAUCUCGACAAAUAAUGAACAAACUAAGGGAAGAAAGAGGUGAAUUGGAAAAUUUGCAACAAACAUUAAUUGAGAUGGAAAAUAUGGAAUUAGAAGUUGGACGAAAUUAG